AUGUCUCAACCGCCUUACCCUCUGCAUGAGUCUGUCCGCGAUCUCCUGCACCCAGAGUAUGUUGCAUUCUACAACUCGCACAUCAAAGACCUACAGCAGGUUCAUUACCAGCCCGUAGGUGCAUCUCGAGCAUCAGGGGUGCUCAUACCCGGCGCCGGGCCCCUUAUACCCGUUGGCGAGACGCGGGAUGUUGCAAUCAAGCGCAAGGAGAGCGACGGGCCCGAUGUCCAGGUGAGAUGUUUCUGGCCAGAUGCCGCUGAGAAUGAACCCGAGAACGAUGCCGGAUGGCCAGUGAUGCUCUACUUCCAUGGAGGAGGAUGGGUGCUGGGUAAUCUAGACACGGAGAACGCAGUCUGCACGAAUGUCUGUAGUAGAGCACGAUGUGUCGUGGUCACCGUUGGAUAUAGGCUUGGUCCUGAAAUCCCGUUUCCAGCGGCUGUCCAUGAUGCCUGGGAGGCGCUCCUCUGGUUGCAGUCUGGCGAUCGCUCGCUACUUAACAUCGACACCUCCCGCAUCGCAGUCGCUGGCUCUUCGGCUGGCGGCAACCUUGCCGCAAUCAUAGCCCAUCGCUCAAUAGCUCGCUCUAUGCCUGCUCUCAAGCUCCAGAUUCUCGUCGUCCCAGUCAUGGACAACACGGCAGACACCACCAACAACGCCACCUAUCGCGACUAUGAACACGGACCUGCCCUACCAGCCGCCCGCGCUGAUCAUGCUAGGUGA